UCCACGCGCACGAACUACGGGGAGGAUUUCUGAUUGAUUUUGGCGCUUUCGACCCGAACUUCAGGGGGGCGAAGGGCCUCCACCUUCCUCCCUUCUCAUGGGACUUUGGGGACAAAGCGCCCCGACCGCCUCGAGCGCUCGAGCAGGGCGCUAUCCAGGAGCCAGGACGGCGUCGGGAACCAGACCAUGGCUCCUGGACCCCAAGACCCUUAAGUUCGUCGUCUUCAUCGUCGCAGUUCUGCUGCCGGUCCAGGUUGACUCUGCCACCAUCCGCCGGCAGGACGAAGUUCCCCAGCAGACAGUGAUCCCACAGCAACAGAGGCGUAGCUUGAAGGAGGAGGAAUGCCCAGCAGGAUCUCAUAGAUCAGAACAUACUGGAGCCUGUAACCCAUGCACAGAGGGUGUGGAUUACACCAUUGCUUCCAACAAUUUGCCUUCUUGCCUCCUAUGUACAGUUUGUAAAUCAGGUCAAACAAAUAAGAGUUCCUGCACCACGACCAGAGACACCGUGUGUCAGUGUGAAAAAGGAAGCUUCCAGGAUAAAAACUCCCCUGAGAUGUGCCGGAAGUGUAGAACAGGGUGUCCCAGAGGGAUGGUGAAGGUCAGUGAUUGUAUGCCCUGGAGUGACAUCAACUGCAGUGCAUCAGCUGCCAGUUCCACUGGGAAAACCCCAGCUGCGGAGAAGACACCAACUAUCUACCAGGAGACGCCUGCCUCUACCAAUCUCGCAGGCAUCGGCAUAGGGGCCUCAGUCAUUCCAGUUGUGGCUGUGGUGUUCUGCAUUUUAUGUCGGAAGAAACUCAUUUCUUACCUCAAAGGCAUCUGCUCAGGUGGUGGAGGAGGUCCCGAAUGUGUGCACAGAGUCCUUUUCCGGCGGCGUUCAUGUCCUUCACAAGUUCCUGGGGCGGAGGACAAUGCCCGCAACGAGACCCUGACUAGCAGAUACUUGCAGCCCACUCAGGUCUCUGAGCAGGAAAUCCAAGGUCAGGAGCUGGCAGAGCCAACAGGUGUGACUGUAGAGUCGCCAGAGGAGCCACAGCGUCUGCUGGAACAGGCAGAAGCUGAAGGGUGUCAGAGGAGGAGGCUGCUGGUUCCAAUGAAUGAUGCUGACCCCAAUGAGAUCAGCACAUUGCUGGAUGCCUCGGCAACACUGGAAGAAGGACAUGCAAAGGAAACAAUUCAGGACCAAUUGGUGGGCUCCGAAAAGCUCUUUUAUGAAGAAGAUGAGGCAGGCUCUGCUACGUCCUGCCUGUGAAAGAAUCUCUUCAGGAAACCAGAGCUUCCCUCAUUUACCUUUUCUCCUACAAAGGGAAGCAGCCUGGAAGAAACAGUCCAUUACUUGACCCAUGCCUCAACAAACUCUACUAUCCAAUAUGGGCAGCUUACCAAAGGUCCUAGAACUUUGUCAACACACUUGGAGUAAUUUUUAUGAGAUACUGCGUGUGAUAAGCAA